UCCUGCCAUGUGAUUCGUGUUCUAACUUACAAAUCGUGUUGACAAAAAAGAAUUGACAUGAUUGUAUCGAUGAGCGUUGGUUUAGCAUGAUAAUGAGGGACGGGAACUAGAUAUGGGGGUCUGGACUCGCAGCAGUAUUCUUAUCUCAGCAUGUGGAAGAACCAGUUGACUGUUAUCUUGUUUAUCUUGGCUACCACCGCUCUCACUCAAUCCAGAAAUGAUACCCGCUGUGACUGGAACAGUCCUCCUUUACAUGAAGAAUGCCCCGUCAGUCAACAAGAGCUGGACUACAUGGCGGAUCACUUAGUUGUGCAGGUUAACAGUGUAGACAACCUAAAAGAUGACGGGAAAACUCACAAGAUACAAAUCCGCCUCCAUAACAACGGAACGCGAGUUAUUCGGAGGAAGGGGUGGGAAUUGUUCUUUCAUAGCUUCUUCAUGGUAGAGCCCGACCAUCUGCCAAAAGAAGAAGUAUAUAUUGAUGAUGACUUCAAAGUCGGAUAUAAACACGUGACCGGAAGUCUGUUCUCUAUGGUUCCUGCAGAGGGAUUUAAGGAUAUUUUACCCAAUAAAACCCGAACUAUAGAACACAAAGCUAAAUAUUGGGCUGUGUCAAAAUCUGACUUUUUACCUAAUUGGUAUAUCGCGGCUCCGACCUUGCAGCCGCGACUCAUCAAGUCCACAAACAGCAGUUCGUUCACUGGGGAUAUAGUGUCUGCCAAACAAUGGAAAAGGUUUAAAUAUGACAGUUACAAUCCGUAUACCUCCCAGGAUAGAUAUGAACGCUUUUACACACCUCACAGGUACACCAACGGCCCCUCUGUAAUCCCUACUCCCAAGAAUUUCUUUGAGUCCCGAUCUUUUGGCCGCUUUACAGUAGACGACACAUGGACGAUCGGCGCCGACAAAGGAGCGCGAGCAUCGGCAAAACUUCUCUCUGGCGAGCUGAAUCUACCUCUUGAGGAGCGUGUUAACGGUCAUUCGAUAUCCCUUCGUCUGGUUGAUAAUAACGAGGGACCCGAGUGGUAUUCCAUAGAAUCCAACAUCAACGCCCCCAGCAUAAUCAUCACCGCUAACUCACAAGCCGGACUCUUCUACGGCGUCCAAUCUCUCCUAAGCAUCCUCGACCGAUUCAAAGAGACACGAUCUAAAUCACUGUAUCCAUUCUACUUGGAGGACGAGCCUCGGUAUGAGUAUCGUGGACUCCGACUGGAUGUGGCGCGACACUUUCGUACAAAGGAGGAUGUUAAGCGUUUGAUUGACUUGAUGUCUAUGUACAAGCUGAACAAGCUUGGUCUCAUGUUGUCUAACGAUGAGGGUUGGAGGAUAGAUAUUCCUUCCUAUCCAGAGCUGGUUAAGGUCGGUGCUAGGCGGUGUCAUGAUCCAGAGGAAGUUGUAUGUCUGUUGCCACAGAUCGGAAAUCCCAUUAAUACUGAGCCAGAAUUCUACACUGGCUCCGACUAUGUAGAAAUCCUCUUGCAUGCCAAGCAACGAAACGUUGAGAUCAUACCGGAAAUCAAUUCCCCAGGACAUGCGUAUGCGUUAAAAAGAGCCAUUGAAUCGACUUAUAAAAAGAAUAAUGCCACCCUUUGGUCCCCGCCCGGUAAAUCCCAGCUAUCUGUACAAAUGUUUGACGACAACAUGCUAAACCCAUGCUCAGAUGCAACAUACGAAGUUCUGAAGACAAUUAUUAACCAGAUUGGUUCGUAUCACUUAAGCGCAGGAGUGCCGCUCCUUCACUUCCACACAGGCGGAGACGACCAUUACUCAAUGGAACGAUGGGUGAAUUCCACCGAUUGCUUAAAACUAAACCUUCGUAAUCCUCAGGCAAUACAGAACAUGUUUGACGAUAGAGUCUCCAGAAUGAUAGAGAGUAGCGGCGCCAAUGUAUCAGGUUUUGCUGAUGGUUUCAUGAACGAAAAUGGUGCUCCACAGGACAUGAAGCUUUUCCACACACCGGAAGUGACAGCACAUUACUGGAAAAAUGAUCUCCGGUCCGACUUUUCUAGGGUCUACAAACUCGCUAACGCCGGAUACAAGGUGGUUCUAGGCCCCGCCUCCCAUUUGUAUUUUGACCACCCCUAUGAACCAAACCCAGAGGAGAGCGGGCUCUACUGGGCCACGCGCUACACGGAUUCCAGGAAGGUCUUUUCAUUCGAACCGGAAAACAUUUACCGGGACAUCACGGAGAAAAAGACUGGCGAGUCGAUAGAUCAAGAGGAACUGUGCGGGGAGUUCCGAGAGAGAUGUCCGCGCCUACAGCGACCGGAAAAUGUCAAGGGCGUGGAAGGAAGUGUGUACGGAGAACUGAUUAGCUCACGUGACUUACUGGAUUACAUGCUGUUCCCUAGACUACUGGGUCUGGCAGAGAGGGCUUGGCACAAAGGCGUCUGGGAGGACAUUGAGGACGACAAUAAGCGCAACAAGGCGAUGAAUGACGACUGGCAACGAUUUGCCCGGAUCGUGGGCUCACAAGAGCUUAGACGACUGGACGAUCUCGGUGUUAGGUACCGCAUUUCUCCAGCGGGGGCGAAAUCUGACGGAUUAAAGCGGAUGUACACUAACACGGAAUUUCCGGAUCAGAUCGUAGAAUAUAGCACUAACUCUGGGGAGAAGUGGAAAUUGGUACCCGAAGACUGGCUAAUGAAGUCAUACAACAGCAGAAUACUAGUCAGGGCUGUGCCGAAGGAUGGAAGGUUUAAAACUAACACAGAUCAUUUGACAGAAAGAAUGGAAUACAGUGUAAACCAAGGGAAGUCAUGGAAGAUGGUACCGGACACGUGGCCACUGGCCAGUUACAACCCAAUCCUUCUCAGAACAAGGUCUGCGGACGGAAAGAGACUCAGCAGAGAAACCGAGUUUGAUCCGCGUGGUGUAAAUCCUAUUCCAAAUCAAGCAGACGUAGAGAAAAUCGCCAGGAAUCUGCGUGUGACCUAUGAACUGGAGGAUAACCUUGUGGAUCAAGAAGAUAGUUUUCUGCUCCGGGUGACCUUACAGAAUACUGGGAAUGAGACACUGGCAUAUGGGAACUACAGUAUUUAUAUGUACAACAUCCGUCUGUUGCAGCCGAAGCAGAACCCCUAUCCAAAUGGCUACAAACUCCAUGACUGUAGUCUUUGGCUGCAUCAUGUAGGGGGCAGUCUCUACAGAUUAGACCCAGAGCAGACAGACUUUAAGAUUCUCCCGGGCCAGUCGCUGUCCUGUCUAAUAUCAGGGCAACACUGGCAGGUCUCACGGACGGACUCCAUGCCUAAUUGGUUCGUGGCAGCUGAGGGAAUGGAUCCAGUGGUCAUUGAUAACACUGCCUCGGAGAAUCUUACAUACGUCAGUCGAUUUGACACGUCUAAUAAAUGGAAAAGGUACCCGGAUGAUCAAUACAACCCAUAUUCCCCUCCCACCCGCUACGGGAUCAAUAAAGACAUCGCCGAUAGAGGGCGCGCCAUCAAACCCCUCAUUCCCUCCCCAAAGAAUAUGACCAUCAACACAGAGAAACAGCUCAGAGUAGGUGGACCAAACAACAAAUGGUAUAUCGUGCGCAACCGGAGAUUCAGGAGAGCUUAUCGAGACCUGGCUAAUCAUUUUGGUGUGGUUAAAACAAAUGUCAAUAAACGGCAGAAUAUUAUACGACUGCAGAAGAUGCCGAUGUCAAACAAUAAAGAGGGUUACAAGAUGGAGAUCGACCCGGCAACUAAAACGAUCACUUUGAUGGCGACGGAUGACCCAGGAAUGUUUUAUGCCAUACAGAGUCUCAAGGCCUUGGCUCAGAAAGAUGGUGACGCGUUUGUCCUCCCGGAAGUGAGUGGAUCUGAUGCUCCAAGGUUCCCGUACCGAGGCAUGCACUUGGACGUGGUCCGAAACUUUCAACCCAAAGAGGAGGUGAUGAAAUUGUUAGAUCUUAUGGCAAAAUACAAACUGAACAAGCUACAUCUCCACCUAACGGAUGAUGAGGGCUGGAGGCUGGAAAUUCCUCAGUUACCGGAACUCACUCAGAUUGGUUCACAGCGAUGCUAUGAUUUAGAUGAAGAGGAAUGUAUCCUACCCCAGAUUGGAUCCGCCCCAAUGCGUCCUAACACGGGAUCCGGGUAUUACACAGCAAAAGACUAUCGUGAUAUACUUCGCUACGCAUCGGACCGCCAUAUUGAAGUUAUUCCGGAAAUAGAUACCCCCGGUCAUUCCCGUGCCGCAAUAGUGGCUAUGGAGGACAGGUACAAAAAAUUCAUGAAGAGUGAGAACGUGGAUGAGGCUAAACGUUUUUUGUUGAGUGACAUGGACGACAGUUCCCAUUUCCUGACGCACCAGACCUACAAACACAAUGUCAUGUCGCCAUGUCUUCACACGACGUUCGAUUUCCUGGAGGUAGUGGCCAAUACUCUUUACGACAUGCACAAGGACAUCCAGCCGUUGAAAAUGGUACACUUUGGUGGCCCUGGGGGUGAUGAAUUCUCCUCCAAUGUGUGGAAUAACUCCAAAGCUUGCCGAGAAUUGUCAGAAGCACUUGGUGUCAACAUUGUCGGCCAGCUCAAGGAGCAGUUUGUUGAUAAUGUGGCACAGAGACUUCCGGAGAAAGUGGCACUGGGCGUGUGGGAGGACGCUGUGAUGGACGCCAAGAGACCUUUUUAUAGAUACAGCAAAAAUAUGGGCAGCAAGGAUGUGACUGUAUAUGCCUGGAACAACAUUUGGGAGAAAGGACAAGGGGACAACGCCCACAUACUGGCCAACAAUGAUUACAAGGUUGUCAUUGCCCACGCCACGGACCUAUUCUUUGAUCACCCUAGUGAACCUGACCCAGAAGAGCGUGGACUAUAUUGGGCAUCUAGAUUUACGAACACCAGGAAGGUCUUUGGUUUCACUCCUGACCAUCUACUACACAAUGCACAGGUGUCUCGUAAAGGAAUACCACUGACCAAGGCAGACAUUUGCCCGGUGUUUGGAUGCGUGGAAUUAGCACACCCUUCAAAUGUUAUUGGUAUGCAGGGACAGAUCUGGACAGAGACAAUUCGGACUUCCGAUCAACUAGAGUACAUGGCAGCUCCACGGAUACUGGCUCUGGCGGAGAGGGCAUGGCACCGGGCAGAGUGGGAAGAUAUUGAAGAUCAAAUCACACGAGACCGUGAACGAGACCAGGACUGGGAGGAAUUUGCAAACACUCUUGCUUACCGGGAGCUGGGUAGACUAGACAAGAUGGACAUAAAAUACCGCAUUCCUCCACCUGGUGCCGAAAUUAAAAGCAGAAAACUGCAUACAAAUAGCGAAAUCCCUGGUCUUCCCAUAGAAAUCAGUCUAGACAACAAGCGAACAUGGCAGCCACUGAAUAACAGCAUACCAGUCACGGACAACAAACUGAUACAUUUACGGACAACGUCCCCGGAUGGAAAGCGGCAUUCUCGAAUUGUGACGGUGACCCCUGCUAUAUCCCGGACCGAGCAGAAUUCCGUGUAUAGGAUGGCGUUUUUGGAGCGCUUCCUUAAAUACCUUGGCUUGUCUCUCAUCCAGUAAAUGAAAUUCACCACGUCUACUUACAGUCCCAGGCUAAAAAUAGCAUUCAUUCGCCACACAUCACAUAUAUUUCAUAAUCAUCGCAUUCAUGGAUGUUUAUUAAAUUUUUUGAUAAUUCGUAUUCGAAUAUUGCAUGACAGUAUUCGAAUAUUCGUUUAAAGGAACACGCCUUGUUCUACCCUUCUAGGUGUGGUCACCCUGAACACAUUAAAAAUGCAUUUAUAUCCCAUUUGUUCAACUAUGUCGAAUAUUCGAUUUUAAAAAUACUCUCAUCAAUGACAUAUUCCAAUAUUCGUUAACACCUGUACUGAUGCUUCAGGUGCAUCACUUUACAAUAAAUGAAAUAAAUCACGAUAAGCAUCAUAUUAUAUAUUGCAUCCUUUUGUACUUAAUUUAUAUAUAAUAUAGGCACUUGUUAUUGUUGUAUAUUAUUUGUAAGUAAAAAAGACUUUGUACGUA